CCGCCGGCGCGGGGCCGCCGCCCGUGGAAGAUGUGGGCGCACGUCUGGGGGUUCCUGUAUAACAACUACUUUCGGUUCUGGCUGAAGUGGAUCCUUCGGCUGCUGACCGGGAAGUGCGAGCUGCAGCGCCUUCUGGGCGGCGCGGAGGCGGGCGCGCGUCGGACGCUGAGCGUAGAACAUUCACUGGAAUCAUCAAAAAAUAAGGUUUUAAGAAAUGCUGUACAUGUGGAAGAAGCUGAAGUGGAGAAGUGUGUUAGAGAUGUAAUGAAGGAAAAGAAGAUUGAACUGAAGGAUACAGGGUUUAAGACAAAGUUGCAUAUAUCCUUGCUACAGAUAUCAGGUUAUAAAAAACUGUAUUUGAAUGUGGAAAACCUAAGAAAGAUCCCGUAUGAUUCAGAAAAUGAAGAACACGAGGAACAGUUAAUUGAGCUCUGGAAUUUGCUGAUGCCUCACGAGAAUCUGAAGGCCAGAAUCAGCAAACAGUGGUGUGACAUCGGCUUCCAAGGCGAUGAUCCUAAAACAGACUUCAGAGGGAUGGGGCUGCUGGGCUUAGUGAAUCUGGUGUAUUUUAGUAAGCAUUACACCAAUGAAGCUCGUCAUAUCCUUUCUCGGUCAAAUCACCCAAAGCUGGGAUAUUCCUAUGCUAUAGUUGGGAUCAAUCUGACAGAGAUGGCAUACAGCUUGCUCAAGAACGGUGCUUUAAAGGCUUAUCUCUACAACAUGGUCUCUGGGUUGCCACAGAUGAAGCACUUCCAUCAGUUUUACUGUUAUCUAGUUUAUGAGUUUGACAAGUUCUGGUUUGAAGAAGAACCAGAAAGCAUUAUGCACUUCAACCAAUACAGAGAGAAAUUCCAUGAAAAAAUUAAGGGACUUCUACUGGAUUACAAUGUGGUACUGACCUUACAAUGUACAAAGAAACCUUAAUUCCUCUGCAGUAUAUGAGGUUCUGCAUCAAAAAUUGAAUGAUGCAUUUGGAUGGAAGUUUUGUGUGUUUCACCAAAAACUGUCUAACAAUGGAACUGGUUUUUUACAUUAAAAAAAAAAAUAGCAAAAUUCAGUUAAGAAAGCUUGGACAAUCAACCUCUGUUUACAGGUAUUUUUAUGCUAUUCUCCAAAGGGACAGCUUUUUGAAAAGGAAGUGAAACAAAACACAACCAACAAACCAACACAAAAAACAGCCCACAAAUCUCAAGAACCUCUAGAUUGCUUUACUUUUUUCACAUUUUCUUUUAUACUUCUUGGUGCAGGAAUGUGAAGCAGAUAUUUAUGCUUUUUCAUAUUUUCUAUUAAUGGGUUUGACUGUUAAUGGUCUUUUAAAAGACAGUUUAAGUUCAGCUUUUCAAAUUUGAAUUUAAAUUCCAGCCUUUUAACAUAACAGUUGAAGUUGAGCUCUUUAGUUGAAAUUAUUGUGCUUCUAGAUUUUUUGUGUUCUUGUUCCUUUAUAUGUCAUUGAUCACUCAACAAUGUUAAAUUUAUUUGUAAUUAAGAGGUACUCAAAGGAGACUUAUUAUUUGUUUAUAAUUUUGGAGAGAAGGCUUAAUCCAUCAGCAUAUUGAUGUACUCAUUAGAAAUUACUUCUGGAUAAGGAAGCUUAUCCAUGGAUUUGUACCAGCCAGUUCCUGUGCUUGGAAGAAGUUUAGUUUGCAAACAAACAAAAAGAACCAUAUGUCAUCAGCAUGAGGAUAAGAUCCUCAGGCUAAAGCUACUCUUUCUAAAAGUAUUCCUGUUGUAAAAACUUUUGAUUCUUUCUAAUCUGACUUCAAAUGCUUAUGAUGAUUGACUUGGAAUUUGUCAGCCCUUUCUUGUAGCAGCUAAGGGGGUAUUCUUAGUGGGAGGUACUACAGAUCUACUUUGGCCCUUUCAUAAACUUAAAAAAAACCCCUUUAUUGCAGCUGCAGUCUUUAUCUUGUAAAAAUAAAUUCACAUCAGAGUACAAGUCUAAAAAAGAUGUAUUUUCCAUGGAAGGGGUGCAACUUGGACGAGUUCCUUAGUCUUUCCAUCCUCAGACAAUCUGAUAGACAGAACUUCAUGUCUGUAUUGUGACUUAAUUAUUGCUUAGAGCAACUUUAAAUGGAUUUGGUAUGACCAUCACUUUCUUUUCUAAGACCUUCUAUUAAAUAAGUGCCUUCUGCUCUUUUCAAUCAGUUUUUAAAUUUUGAUUCUUCUAACUAGAUCACAGCCUUAGGAACCUGAGUAAUUUGAGAAAGAUUUUUUCACCAUAUAUCUAAAUAGCUCAGUAGCACAAAAUUUGUAUGCUGAUUCAAGCUUCCAUAUUUGUUUUAAUAAUCUCAGGUAAACUAGUUAAUUUCUAGUCAAUGACUACUCGAGAAGAGAUUCCUGAAGAGUAUAAGCAUUGAACACAAUUAAUGCAAGCAUGAGGCAAAAUAAAGAAAUAUAAAAAAUAAACAACCCCCCCCCCCCCCCCACUUUGUAAUGAGUGUUGUAACACUACAUAAACAUGAAAUAUAAUUUGUAAUACUGCAUUUCUUAGAGAUCAUCAAAAUCCACCUGGACAUGGCCCUAAGCAGCCUUCUUUGAGGGACCCUGCUUUAAAGGCAAGGGAUUGGACUUUGUGAUCCCAGAGGUGCCUUCCCACCCCAGUAAUUCUGUGAGUCUGUAUUGUGUCAAUAGUGACUUGUUGCACUGCAUCCACCCUUGUCCUCUUGAUCCCUUAAAUGCUGGGGAUCUCUUGCUGGUGGGGAAGCUCCUGAUCAGGGUACACAGUACAUGUAUAUGAGGUAGCACAGUUCUCUUUCUUUUAUACCUUAGGUACAGAUAUGUUAAAUGUAUUCAGGGUGGGAAGGAUUCAAUCUCACCUGAGUUGGCUUGAUGCUGUUCCACCGAUAUAAAACAAAACCCAAAAAACAACAACAACAACAAAAAACCCACCAUGAAGAUGUGCAUAGGGAGAGUAUUUGUGGUUUGCCCUGGUUUGUAAACUGAACAGCUGAACUGACCAGCAGAUUCAAACUGACAAUGGGAGGUCCAGUUCUUUUGCUACUCCCCCAUAUAUGGAUCCUGGAAUACUCACCACUGAAGAGCUAAGGUCCUGUGGAGAGCAUUUUAUGAUUCAGGUCCUGUGGUGGAGCUCUCUCUGAGCCUUGCAGACACUGGACAUGCCAAAAAUCCAACAAAGGAAGUGGAAAGCGGACUCCUUCCCAGUGACCCAAGUGGUUAUUUUCUAGCCCCAUCUUCUGUUGAGAUUGUCUUCGUUAAUAAUUUUCUCUACUGCUUGUAGAUCUCCUUUACAAGCGACACACAGCUGACUUUUUGAAUUCCAGAAGUGACCCCAAUUAUGUUCUGCAGCAGCAAAGGAGAUCCUAUUUGUUUUCAUCUGCUGCCUGCCAGCUACUAACAAAAUUGUUUGAGUCAUCUCUAAUGGCUCCUCUGAGCUGUGCCUGAAAGCUUUUCUUUUUGCUACAGUUGCAAAAGUAAUCUACAACCUUGUCUUUCUAGCAUUGAAACUUUCACUGGGCUCCUUGUUCAUCAGGAGACUGACAUUCAACUGUUGCUGAGGCUUCUAAAGCCCCACCAUAGAGUCUCAGCGUUCCUAUUAUACACCUGAGAUGUUUUAGUGUCAAAUGUAGUUCAAGCUUUUAGUAAGAUGCAUAUUUGCUAGUUUUUUUCCUUAAAUCAGUGAGUGAUCUGGAAGUAAACUGUGGCAGUAUACAAGGAGAAAAAGUAAACCCAGUCAUCCUCAGAUGAGUGAGACAUAAGGGAAUACAUUAGUUUGCAUGUAGUAAUUUAGGUGAAUGUUUAUGUUAGGCUCCAGUGCACCUUCCCAGGAAACAGUUAGAAUUUGCAUGUGGUUUUGUAUCAUCAACUAGCCCAGUAAUUCUGUCUAGGAGUCACUCACUGUAUGUAGACUAGUAUUGGGUGUCCCUGUUUGCACCCUUAGUAGGUUAGCUGUAUUGCAGUGGUAGCUAGAAAAUGUAUUGAAAUAGGUAAAAUUGUGUUUAGAGAAGGCAAGAACAAGGCUUUACUAGUCGGUGGUAUUUUAUGCGAACUGUUGUAGGGUGACAAUCUUAAGGUUGUGGAAGACAGGAAAUAGAGGUUGGUCACUUUUCUGCAAGUUGAUACAAUCUUUAACAUCAGAAUUUGUUGCUCACAGGUUAUUCUAAAAGUCUUAAAAACCUUAGUAAAUUAUUAUUCAUGAACUAUAAUAUUUUAAAUACAUAGUCUUAAUAGAACUUGCAAGUGCUGCUAGUUUUGUAACUUGAUGCCUCUUUAAAACAUUGACUAUGUGAAAGCAUGUAUGCAAUGGUAUUAAAAAAAACCUGGAGACAAGGUAGUUCUCUAAAUUUGUUGUUCCUGUAGCAAAUGUUCAACAAGCUACCUUCACUUUUGUUCCUUAGUGUGUGCUUGAAACAUGAUGCCACUCUAUGAACAAAUUAAUCUCAAGAUAAGCAGGGGUUUCCUACAAGCAAAUGUAAAAUCUAGUCUUUCACUAAGUAAACACAUUGCUUCAGAAGCAGCUAACUUGAUAGGAAAGCCAUCUGAAGACAGUGCUACAUAGGAAAAAAGAAACUGUGUUUUUAAACUGGUUGUGCUUCUGUCAUCUGAUACAGCCAUGUAAAGAAUAGGGCAUUUUGUCCUAAAGGGCAAUAGUAAAAGGGGCCAAUUCAAACACCCCAGGUAAAUAGUUUUGGACUUUCAGUCCUUGAAAAACAAAACAAAACAAAAAUGCAAACAAAAAUUAAACACACACACACAGCCCCAUUGGUUUUCCAGAUUUUCUGUCCUGGAAUUUAAAUAAAAUUUCACAUAAGAAAUUACUUAGAGCCUUGCUUUAGGAAUUAUGAAGAAAAUGUUUGUGUUUAGUUAGGUGGGAGUUGAGCAGUCAGUAUCCUUGACAAUACUGCUAGUGAUGUGUGGUGAAGAUGUAACGUGUGGUUUCCUUCUGUCAUUACUGUUUGUGUUGCUGUAGUACCAUGGUGAUCCAUCUUUGGACUGAUGUUUCUUGUGCCAGUCUAGAUACUGUCUUUCUCUAGGGAAUUAAGAACAACUCAGCCCAAGACAACUUGUGGGCAGUUUCUUCUUAUGACACUGUGCUUAGAUAGCUGCAUAUUGAUAGAAUUCCUGUUUACCACAAUAUAAAAGCAAUAAUGUAUACUGUGAUGUCUGUGUAAUAGAGAUGUUUACAAUGGUUGCAAAUAAAGAAUACUUUAUUCCAAAAUAA